AUGGGCGAUCAAGAAAACGGUAUAAGCCAGCCAGCAUAUCAAGUGCAUUCGUCUGAAGAUCUCGGUAAACACCUCGUUGCAGCUCGUGACCUCAAUCCUGGGGAUUUGGUAUUAACGGAACGGCCUUUGGUGUUUGGACCAAAAGCCAUGCCGGAUCCAGAGUCAGUUAUGCCCUGUGUAGGCUGUUACAAACCUAUCCUGACUGACGCUGGAGAGAGAUGCGCGAAAUGCGGUUGGCCAGUUUGUUCAGGCAACUGCCCUGGACUAAAGGAUCCAAGACAUCACGCAGCAGAAUGUGAGGUGCUUAGCGUAAGGCCAGACUGUGUACUAAACGACAUGGCUGAUUACUACAGACAUGACGCUUUACUUCCCUUAAGAUGUGUUCUUCUUCAAAAGACUGAUCCUGAAAGUUGGAAGAAUGUACUGGAGAUGCAGUCACAUAUGGAAUGCAGAACCCCAGGCACAGAAGCGUAUGAUGAGGCGAAUGAAUUCAUUGUGGAAUAUCUCAUCAAUAAUUUUGUCAAGAAACUGGAUAACAAAUUCAAUAAUUCAUAUAAAAUUACAGCAGAAAUACUUCACAGAAUUUGUGGUAUUAUCGAUACAAAUGCCUUGGAAAUACGUCUAGCACAAGGGACAGAACUCAACGCAUUAUACGGCGAAACUUACAAGAUGGAACACAGCUGCAUACCUAAUACUAAACAUACAUUUAGCCUUUCACCAAAAGAUAGAAAAGAUUUUUACAAAAUUUCAAUAAAAGCUGUCAUUCCCAUAGUAAAAGAUCAUCACAUAUCUACAAUGUACAGUCAUGCCUUAUGGGGAACUCAAGCUAGAAGACAGCAUUUAAAAGAUACAAAAUACUUUUCAUGUAAAUGUCAAAGAUGUAGUGACCCUACAGAGCUGGGUACGUACUUAAGUGCCAUGAAAUGCUUAGGUGAUGGGACGAGGCCUUGUGAUGGAAUACAUUUACCUGAAAAUCCAUUAGAUGAUGAAACAGAUUGGAUAUGCAGCAAAUGUUCAGUAAAAAUUAGUAAUUCACAGGUAAACAUGGUCAUUUCACAAAUGGGUGAAGAAGUUGAAAAUGUUUUAAUGAUGGGAGGAUCUGUGAACAUUCUAGAAAAUUUACUAUGUAGAUUAUCGACGUUUUUACAUCCUAAUCAUUAUCACUUGUAUUCUAUCAAGCAUUCAUUGGUACAGUUAUAUGGAAGACAGCCAGGAUAUACAUCUCACGAUAUUUUAAAUAAAAAAAUCAAAAUGUGCAAAGAUCUUAUAGCAAUAACUAAGGCUUUGGAUCCAGGGAAUGCUAGACUCAGCCUGUACUAUAGUAUUUUGCAACAUGAGCUACAUUCUGCUUUAGUUACGAAAUGUAAAACUCCUAAUGAUGAUUGCACUGCCAAGAAAGUUGAAGACUUAAAAGAAUAUCUCUCGGAAGCCAAAUUAGCUAUAACUGAAGCUUUAGCUUCGUUAAAAGAUGACAUGGAAGAAGUAUCAGGUAAAAAAUUACAAGAUGUCAUAAUGAAUAGCAAGAAAGAUUUCGAAAGGUAUUGUAAAGAAAAGAAAAUAAAUAUUUAA